GCCGGUGGCUCCCCGGGGCCGGGCCCCGCCGAUGCCGCAUGCCCGGGCCCGCCGGCCCCAUUGGUCCCCGCAGUCACAUGCAGGGCGGCGGCGGGGCCGCCCGUUCCCUUCCUCCCUCCUUUCCUCCCUCCCUCGGCCGUGCUGAGCGCUGGGAGCGGCCGCGAUCGCAGCAUGAGCACCCUCAAGGUUUACAGCACCUCGGUGACCGGCUCCCGGGAGAUCAAAUCCCAACAGAGCGAAGUAACCCGAAUCCUCGAUGGGAAGAACAUCAAGUACGAGCUGGUGGAUAUCUCCCAGGACAACGCUCUGCGGGAGGAGAUGAGGGCAAAGGCCGGGAACCCCAAAGCCAUCCCGCCCCAGAUCGUCAACGGAGACCACUACUGCGGGGAUUAUGAGCUCUUUGUGGAAGCAGUGGAGCAAAACACCCUGCAGGAGUUCCUGAAGUUGGCCUGAGCCCUGGGCUCCCCUUUCAUCCUGGACUCUACCUGCAUCCCUGAGCACCCUCAUCUCCGACCACCUUCACUUCCAGGUUGUCAGCGCUGUCCUGACACCACGACCUAUAUCCCAGCACAGGGAAACCCAUGACCAAAACUACUCAUUGCAGCUGCCUGCGAUUCCCUCCUGCCUAACCCUGGUAUCAUCUCAGAGGGAUCCAAAGAAAGUCUGAUGCUCGCUGCGCAUGGCCUGUGAGCAAAGCUGGGCCUGGCUCACGGCAGCUUCCAGUGCCUCUGUACACAGCAAAGCCUCUGGGGCUGUGUGAAGUGCAGCCAUCUGUCAGCCCUCGCCUCUGCAGGGAGAGCUUCUGCUUCAGGAGGGAAGGGCUUAGGGUUGAUGUUACUUCCCACUUGUCCCAGUUGCUGUUAAAUUGUAAACCCUGCUGCCUCACUUCCCUUUUUUAUUUUACUUUUUUUUUAAAUUCAUCUCAACUGCACAGAUUAUGGCAACUAAGUCCUGUUUUGGGGGGGUUUGUCUUAAUUUAAUGCAAAAAUACUGCACAGAGCUGGGGUCUGAGCAUCCACCAGGGAGGCCCAGGGCUGGGGUGAAGGCUGGAGCUGCUCAGCAGGCUGCAUGGGGAGGAUGGAUGGGCCUAGAGGUGGGACCUGUGUUGCUCUGGUGCCAGGGCUCCCUAGUGAGUGUUAAUGGCUCAGGGCUGCUCCAGCACAGCUGAUGCUCCGUUGUCUUAUCUUUCCUCUUUAAGUUGGCUUUUGUUGCAACCCGGACCAAGUGCAUUUUGUUUUCCUGCCAAAAAGGAAGUUUAUAACCAGUGUUGUCUUUCGAGAUGCUAUUAAAUGUUACUGUACCUUU